AUGUUUGAAACAAACAAUAUUCACAUAAGAAAAGAAAUUGAUGAUUAUUAUAAAUCGUCUCUGGAAAAUGAAACAAAUACAUUUGCUCCUUAUUCCACUUUACGAAUUUUCUACAAGAACUACAUGGAUAUAUAUCUUUUGUUUUUUCAUUUGUAUAUGAAAAAAGGUCUGCUAAUACUGUUCGCAUCAGAAAGUCAUAUGAAAUUAGUUGAAAUUUUGAGAGGGAAGGGCUUUGAUUUGGAUAGAAGUAUACAAAAAUUCAUCUGCAGGAUUUGCGCACUGCGCAAAUCCUGCAAACGUCGUGAUCUUGACUUCUCGAUCGAUGUAAAAACUCAGCCUAAGGACGCGUUAGUCUAUCGUCUAGAGCAGCUUAGACGAUGGUGGAAGUCGAAGGUCGUUUGGAUCGGAGAAAGCUACCGUCGAGACAUGGACGAAGCUACGGAACGUCUUGUGCGUAUAAUGGAGCAGCUGCGCGUGCGAGAAGCCUCCAUCUGCUGCAGUAAUAAUGGGACCAAAAAAAGGAGUACGCCUCUUCCACCUUGUGGGCUUGGUUUUCCUGAAAAAUAUGGGGAUUUCGCCUACGAAUUUGGGUCGCACAACUUCACGUUUUUGCAACGGAUCUACGCUAUUAGUAAUGGCAGAUGCGGGUGCAUCGGCGUGGAUGGUGAUCCGAACAUGUGUCCGCACGUGCUCUGUUCGUUCCGUGACUUUUAUUUGAAUUGUUGCUCGUUUUCGCAGCAGUCAGAGGCACACCAUGGUCGCUCGAUAGACCUUGUGAAUGGUGCUCCUCUUACGGAGGAGCAAGCGCGAAAGAUUGAGUUUGGCAACGAGACGUUGAUGUGGAUAAGUAGUAAUAUUAUGAAUCAUUUUGUGUUUAAGAUGUAUCUUGCGAUUUUAAGACCUACUGUGUUUAAGUCCGGAGCCCCACAGCUCCGCGAAUAUGAGGAGCUGCGCAACGGUCCCAGCCGCUUCGAGGGCCGCGCGCGCACGGACGAAGCAGUGGUGAAAACAAGACAUCCAGGCGAUUGUCGCCCCAGGGCCGAGCUGUACCAUCGCCUUCAGCCGUACCAUGCUUCUGAGCCGCCGGCGCAUGCCGUUUUACCAGUCUUGUUCUACCCGGCUGUUCGCGCUGCUGUCGAAGAUGGAUUGACUGUAUUUAUCGAACUCGGCAUGUCCAUGCUGGUCGCGCUCGGACAGUCCAUGGCUGAAGAUGUUCGAGCUUUUGCACGUGCUCGACAAGAUCAACAAGCAUGGUGCGUGUUUGCGGUGUGUGCUUCUAGCUCCCUUGAACGGUCUGAGAUAGUCCGAGCUUCCGAAAGUUCGCCCUUCUAA